GAAUAUUAUUAAAUAAUAACUAAGAAAAAAAGGUUAAUUAAUUGUAUAAUGAAUAGCUAAUUAUUAGAAAGUACAAAUCAUUUCUUUCUGCAUCAAUAAUAAAGCUGCCAUUUUGCUCAAAAUUAAGCUUUCUUAGAUUAAAACGCUUAAGAGUAAUGUGUACUUAGGAGAUGUGAUUCAGAGAUUUUCGAUAAUACUGAACUUAUACAAAAAGGAAUCGAGGCACUCAAGCUUGAAUCGACUAAGCGAUCAUUUAGCCAAGUUAAAAGCAUUUAAGAUUUGCUAGAUGGUAUGGAAUUUUUCAUGAUGUAGAAGGAAAGAUAUGGAUAAAAGUUAAUCGAUAAGAUAAUUUAUAAUUUAAAGUAUUGCUUUGUAGAGAAAGGAUAAAUUCUUUUGAACCCAAGAUGUAAUAACCCAUUUAUGUAUAUAUUGAUUCAAGGAAGCUUGAUAACUAAAGAUACUAACUCUAAUAGCUAAGAAGGUUUGGAAAUCGGGAAUUAAUUUGGGUAGUAAGUUAGAUUCAACUCUACAGCUAGUGAUAAAUCGUAUAUAGAGACUGAAAGAGACUGUGAGUUUAUAGUUUUUAGCAAGUAGAGUUACUUUAAUCUUGUAGGACAAUACGAGAAAAGAGAAGUCUAUGAAAAAAUAUAAUUUCUAGCUAAAUAUCCUUUCUGCAUGAACUGGAAUUUUGAUAGUCUUAAGUACAUGCAAAUGGACAUGUAAGUAGAAAAAUUCAAAUUAGGCCAAGUUGUGUUUGAUGAAGACUCUCAGCGUGAUAAGAUUUACAUGGUCAAAUAAGGAGAAUUCAAGUUAAUGAAAGCAAUUAUUUUUUAGAAUAAGUCUUAAGAAAAUUAAGUACCUCUUAGCUUGAAAAUAAGAUAAUCUAUUGAAAUCUGUAAGCUAAAGGUGGGUGAUAUUUUUGGCGAAGAGAUCAAUUUAGUGGAUGGAUUUCCAAAAAGAGUUUUUAAAGCAAUUUGUUCUAGUUCAAAAAGUGAAGUAUAUGCUUUUAAUUAUUCACAAUUUAGAGAGUAUCUUACUUCAAAUCAAAGUGAUAGUAUUUUUGAGAAAUGCGUUUAACAAGCUUACAAUCAGAGAUUAGAUUAUACGGAUCAAAAAAUUUAAGAAAAACAAUAAAUUAUGCAAAACAGUAGAUUUUAAAUGACGCAAUCUAGAUCUUGCGACUUUAAAGAUAGAUUUGCUGUGUGCUAAGCUUUUGAUGAAUAAGGAAAAGUAAUACAAUAAAAAUAAAAUUAAAAUUUAAUGGACAGUAAAAAUUAUUUGAAUAUAAAUGAAUUUUUACAUUCAGAUAUCGAAAAUGCACAAAAUAUUGGGAAAGCAAUUGUAAACAAAUCACUUGAGUUUUAAUCAUCUUCUCUUUUAAUUAAAAAUUCUGUCUAAUAGGGUUGCGCUUAACUAAAUUAAAAUAAUUAAAUAAAUAAUAGUUGUUAAUUUAAUUUGACAGAUCAAAAAUAACCAUUUUAAUCAGGAAUUUUAUCCUAAUAGAGCUCGUCUCAUCUCAACUAAAUGAUAAAUUUGCAUUCCUCAAUUUAAAAAGUAAGCAUCAGGAAUAAAAAUAUAUCAGAUGCAUCUAAUUCUACAAAAAGUACAAUACACUUUUCAUCUGAUUUAAGCUAGCUGUCAAAAAGCCCACAAAAAGUUCCUUCAAUUAUUUUAGAAAGCAAAACCACAUAUUAAAAUCCAGAAACCAAAACUACAAAUCAAAAUUCUGAAAGCAAAAAGUAAAAUGAUAAAAACGAGCUGAAUUAGAGCUAAAGCAGCUUACUGAAACCAAGAUUACUGAAAAUUAAGUAAAUGAAAUAGCAUUAAUCCUCCAUUAACAAUAAUAUAAAUUUCUUUAAAGAAUAACUCAUUCAACCUACUAAUUGUAUUUAACUUUUCCAUUAACUAGAUAAAAUUAAUAAAAGUAACAACUUUGACUAAAAAAAUUAGCAAGAAAAAUAAAUUUAUACUGACACUGAAAACCAUCAAUUAAAUUUUGAUAAAUCUUAAUUACUACAAUAAUUAAAAUCCUCCCAAAGCGAAUUAAUAUAAAAUAUACAUACGCAUCCUUAGACUUUAAAAUCCUAAAUAUAAUUUUUUAAUCAUGUUAACAAUUAACACCCUAAACCAAUAAGCUAAACAUCUAAAGUAGUCUUUUCGUAGCAAUAAAAUAGCUCAUUUAGGAGUAAUUAAACAUCUAUGUAAGACUUAGAUUAGGAAGAAAAUGAUGAAUCUAAUAAAUAGCACUUAAAAAGUAAGAUGCUCUCAAGAAAAAGAGCAAUUACACUAAGCCCUACUAAAAAAUAGAUUAAAGAUAAAAAAAUGCUUCAAACUCAUAGUGUUUUAGCAAAUUUCAAUGCAAAAUCCUAAGAUUUUGCUGCCAAGACUUUAUUAAAAAUUGAUGAAAAUAAAAUCAAAAAGGAGUUUUUGACUGAAGAAACUAAUGAUUAAAAACAUUUAAUUAAUAAUAAUUGCAUUUAGUCAGACAUAAGCACAAAAAAUACAAGCAGAUAAUCCACUUCUGUAUAAUGUAAGAUCCAACACGAAAAUCAGCAGCAAAAUAAAGUAAUGACAAAUAUUUUCUAUUUCAACUCACAUUACUUGAAUGGGGAACAUAAUAAUGAUUAUAGAUCUUAAAUAACUAAAAAUUCUUCAAUUAGCCUCUUAAGAAGAGUGAUAUCUCAAUCCUAAAAUGAACAAAAUUAUGCUGAGUAGCCACCAUUAAAUAUAACUUAGUAAGAAUAGUCUCAUGAACAAGCUAAAACUAACAAUACAUCAAUUAAGAGUUUUGCGUAUAUAGAAAAUUAGAAAAUUAUAAAUAUUGAUAAAUAUAGAAUAAAAGUUAAAAAUAGCACUCGCCCUUCAUCAGCACUACAAAAAGCUUCUAAUAUCUUAAAUAAGCGCUUAAAUCAGUAGUUUUCACAAACUAAAAAGGAAAUUUAAAAUAGUCAAACAUAAUUAAAAAGUAAUUAAACAUUCUCAAACUUAUCUACAACUCUAAAAAAAGCAGGAUAAAAUUAAUUAAGCACUAUAUUUAAUGAGUAUUCAGAACAAGCAAAUACAAACGGGUAUAUUCACUUUCCCCAAAAUAAUAUUAAAAAACUAAAAAUUCCAAGCAAAAAAAUAACAGAAAUUUUGUAAAUAAAAUCUUACCAAGACUGA